GCCGAGGGCAAAAUGAGCUGGCUGAAGCAUGUGACCCAGCCAGUCAACAGAGGCUGUUCUGUUUUGCAAGCAGUAGUGAUGGUUAUCAACAAAGUAUGGAAUGUUCUACACGAGAGCAUGAUUUAACACUUUAAACCGGUUAGGUUGAAGACGACAAGCAACCAGUUUACAUACAUUAAGUUAGAGGUGCUAAAGGAAUGGCAUACGUAACUAAAGACAAAAGGGAGCGUGAUGGUCUUGUGAAACACACCGGAGGUUGCCACUGUGGCGCGGUGCGUUUUGAGGUGUGGAGUGCUCCAGAUUUACAUGUGUUCAAUUGCAAUUGCAGUAUUUGCACAAAGAAACAGAAUCGCCACUUCAUUGUGCCAAAAUCCCAGUUCACCUUGCUGCAGGGAUCAGACAACAUAACCACAUACACAUUUAACACACACAUGGCCAAGCACACGUUCUGCAAAACAUGUGGUGUCCAGAGUUUCUACACGCCACGUUCCAACCCUGAAGGAUUUGGUGUGGCACCUCACUGUUUGGACCCUGGAACAGUGUGCAGUGUCACUGUAGAAGACUUCUGUGGGCAGAACUGGGAGAAAAGUAUGCAGAAGCAUCAAACUAUAAGAAGUAUGUCAAAACCAACAACAGACACAUGACUCACUGUUUCUAUCGGCCAAUUAAGCCCUAAGACUAAAUUGCACACUCCUGCUUCUCAAGGCAGUUUUAAUUAUAUAUUAAUGACACUAUGAAUCAGACUUAAAGUUUUGUGGCAUUUGUCUGUUAGCUUUAAGGACACCUACUGUAUAUGCUAAUGUACUCCAAAUUGUUGACAAAAUUCACUUAAAUACAAUAAAUAUUUAUUUUCUGAGAAAUUGGACCAAAAAGAUUCAUGACUCAUCUUGUAUACACGGCACAGGUAUAAACUAAUUUUUGUGAAAUAGCUUAUUUUAGUCUAGAAUGAAAACAUUAUUUCCCCCUAAAUUAUAUAUUGCUUCCUUAAAAACUGUCACCGUCCCACCUGUGGGACGCUUGGCGCUCUUUUUUUCGUUGUCUUUUUUCCCUAUGAAAUAUUUGAGUAAUCAUCAUAAAUUAUAUAUCAUUUGAAAGCUUAAAACCUCAAAAUUUAUCCUGUGAAAACCAUUUUGAAAUCGGACAUUGCGUUACCAUGGAAAUUGUACUUUAAAAUCUUUUGGCGGUCUCCUCCCCCUUAGUGGGUGGUGUCAAGUGUCAUAUUACACAAUGUAUUACGGUCUUUUAGAAUCAAAACUUUAUAUAAUCUUGGCAAAAUACAUAUUGUCGGAAAGGUCUGACUCUCAGGAUUCCAUAUUUGGUGGUCUUUUUGUAAUCUGAGUAAAAUUGACAGAGAAAUUUAGACAUUUGUGACAGAAAAAUGCAUCAAAAAAAAUUCUAUGGAGUUGAAUGGCACCCGGUGGCUGUUUGUAGUAUGACGCCCUAAAUAAAAUCUCACAGGAACCUCAAUUUUUCUCAUAUCAACUUCAAAUUUGGAACAUAACUUAUUGAGACAUAAGGCUUUAAUUUUAUGCCAAUUUUAGGGUAAAACCUGUUAUGUAAAAUAUUUAUUUUAUAUAAAAUAUUAAAAAAAUAAUAUUUUGUAUUUUCUUUACAGUAAAUUUAAACUUCUAUAACUUUUUGUUACUUUCAUAUUUUAAAAUAAUUCCACUUUUGCAGUAAUCUGCUGAUUGUCUUCUUAAAAAAGAGUCCAACCUUAUGUCUGUAUUCCAAAGCAUUCAUGAAUUAUAAGAGUUUAAGUUUGGAUAGUGCACUUUCAUGUAUAUGUUCAAAAAUGGGGGGUGACAGUUAAGGGGUUAAGAAAUGUAUCAUCAGACAUAUACAACUGUUGAAUGAUAUAUACCCAUGUUUGUAUUGUGUUAAUGUUUGUUUGUAUUGAGGGUAUGAGGAAAACUAAUUAAAAAAAACAAA